ACCAUGAAAGCUUGUUUUCCUUUUGAACUAUCCAUUUUAAAAUUGCUCGUUAGACAUAGGAUUGCCCAAUUGAUACAAUAUUCAUACAAAUGGACACACCAGAUGAUCCAUCCAUUCUUCCAGAAGAACCCAGCUCAGCUUGCUGCCACCCAUAUGUGCGAGUCGUACUAACCAUUGAUUGAAUGGUCUGAAUAGCCUGAUCAAAGUGGUUCAUACACAUGGAGAUGGCUACCAUUUCCACUUGGAGGGUAGAUACUACAGACAGAUGGAGAUUGCUUCAAGGUGACAACUAUGACAUAUUAAGAAAGAAUCCAACAUUCUUCACUAAUAGCUCAGUAAUCUAGCUAGACUGUUGAAAGGAUGACAGCACCAUGAUGGAUCAUGUCCUAAGUUUUCAUAGAUCAUGAUAUCCAAGCCAUCCAAAUUUUGGGCCUAUGCAUGGUUUAAUUGAAACGAUGCUAGGGGUCAUUUGGGCGAUGCUUAAACACUUUUUUGAGCCAAAUCCCAAUUCCCCUUCUGCGUGAGCAUCAUCUGAUCUUCGCACAGCGAUUAGAUGAGUAGACAGUUGCCCAAAGAUCAUUUUGGGAUAAACUGUCAAAAAAUGGGCCCUGUACUGCUUUUUCCUAAACUGUGGAGUUGCAAAAUCUUAGCCAGGGAUGCUAUUCAGAACUAACGGUGAAUUAUCAUAGAAAUUUGUUAAAGUUAGUAAGUCGAGGAUCAUGCCAUUUCCCCAAAUGAAUGGCCCAUUUGACGUGUGCAGGGGCACGUGGGCUCAACACUGUAUUUGUGGGAUUUAACCCAUUCAAAAGGGUCGUCCAACCAUGGAAGUAGGAUUCUAAAGAAAUCAGACUAAUCCAACCAUGUGGUCCAUUGCUUCAAUUAGGAGGUUGUUGAAUGAUUGUUCAUUGUUUUUUCAUGGUGUAGCCCACCUGAUGAUUGUAUAAGCAUAUCUUCUUCUUCUUCUUUUUUUAGUAAAUCGCAUCGUCAUGAUAAGGCUUGCCUGAUGUGCAGAUUGGGUGAAAACAUGGAGAGCCUACCACAGAAAACAAUUGACAACCAGCCAAAAACCUCCAAUUCAUGGUUGGGAGAUCUGUUUGGACAGGUUGGAUGUCAUGGAAUCAUUGUAGAGUGAGAUAACAUUCACUACACCAAAAUCAUUAUUAGGAACGGUUGCAUCUUUGGUUUAGGAACAACAUUAAGCCGUUCCUAAUGCAAAACAGUUUUAAACCGUUCCUACACUACCAAAAACCCCCCAAAAUCGUGAAAUAGAAAACCACAAUGUCUGUAUUUCAUUCCUGGGUCUCUCUCUCCCUGCGAUUUCCAUGGUAUUUUCCCGUAAUCUCCAUUUUUAGUCUCUCUAUUUGCAAUCUUCAUGCUCCGAUCGAACCCAAAACCCUCUCACUGAUGACAGACGAAACAUCAAUCCUCCUUCAAAUCCCCUCUCUCUCUCCCUACCCAUUUAAAUCAUUACAACAGAAGCUUCAUUUCUACAAAAGCUCUCUAUCUCCAUUCGUAGUUUAGGGUUUUCCAGUUAUGGUUUUACUAGUUUAUGCUAAAAGUUAAUUUCUGAUUUAUUGUAGUUGGGAUUAGUUUAUUUUUUUUAAUUAGCAUCAAGAUAUAACAUCUGAAGGUUCAAUAUUUCCGCAUUUUUGUGGGUCUCGGUUGGGAUUGAAACCAUUUCGCAUGUGGAUCUUGAUUUUGUGGAAUUUUAUAUUUGCUUUUUUAGAUUUUUUUUCUCCUUUGUUUUCCUUUUUUAGGUUUUUUUUCUAUUUUCUGUCCAUUUUUCUUUUGUUUCUUCUUGUGGGAUCGGCCUGGUGAAGCUGUGAGCCUCUUCCAACGGAUGGAGUUUGAAAAUGUGGUGCCUAAUGAGCUUAUUCUGGUGAAUGGGUCUAUAGAAGAGAAUCGAAAUGGAUUUAAUAUGAUUCUAACAGUGGCUCUUAUGGAUGUUUAUUGCAAGUGUGGGUGCAUCUCUCUUGCUUAGAAACUGUUUGAUGAAAUGUCUAAAUUAAUUUGUUUAUUUCGGAAUAUUCUUGCUAUCUAAGAAAUUUCACUGCAUUAGAAAGCAUCUGGAUCUGUCAUGCAGUUUUUAUUUCAGCAGCAGCAGCUGUUAGAAUGGAUGCUCAGCAGCAGUCAAGAUUGGUGAGAUCCGUCCAAUUCAUAUCUCUAGAUGGUGUAUGUAGGUUGUUGAUGGAGAAGAUGUUCUUUUUCUUUUCUUUCUUUAGAGGCCUUUUGUUUUCGUUAUCUUUUUCUUGUUGGGGUUUUCUCGGUUGGGCUAAUGUUGCAUCUGAAAUUCAUUUGAUUCUAGUAAUUUGAUAUUUUUCCUGGUGAGGGGCAGAUCUCUCUUGCAAUGAAACUCUUUCUUUUUGUUCCUGUGGUGGAUUUUUCUUUGAAUGAUCUGAAUUUUGAACUCGCAUUAUGAAUUUAUUUUCUAAUGUUGGGUUGUUCUCAUCUGAUUUUGAUUCACUGUUUACAGAUCUUCUUCUGCCCUUGUAUCUGUCUGCAUUGCGAUGGAACUGUUUGAAUGGAUCUGAUCAGUUUGCAAAUCUUCAUGCCUGCUUAGUUCUCUGUAUGUGUUGGAUCUUCCAAUGUGAAUCUGAUCUUAUCUGCAAUGAAUUUGUCAAGGUCUAGUACCUACCUUAUGGGACCCUGACUAUAGUUAAAUGGAGUAUCUAAAUUAUGGUGCUGCUGUAAGUGAGGUGGAGAUAGAUCUUCUUACAGGUGCUACCACAAUCUUGCAAACAGAUAUGAUCUAUGGCUGUGGACCGAGCUUAAACCCUGCUGUGGAUUUAGGACAGAUUGAAGGAUCUUUUAUCCAAGGAGUUGGAUUUUUCAUGCUGGAAGAAUAUCUAUCAAACUCAGAUGGGUUGGUGGUUUCGGAUGGAACGUGGACAUACAAGGUCCCAACCAUUGACACAAUCCCCAAAGAAUUCAAUGUCGAGAUACCUAACAAUGGCCAUCACAAAAAAUGCCUGCUCUCUUCCAAAGCUUCUGAGCCACCGUUGCUUCUAGCGGCCUCUAUUCAUUGUGCAACUAGACAAGCCAUCAAAGAAGCAAGGAAAGAGCUCCUUGCAACCAACGGCUAUGAUCAUCCUUCUUUGAUAUUCCAAAUGAAGGUCCCGGCAACCAUGCCGGCGGUUAAGGAGCUCUGUGGGCUGGACAAUGUGGAGAGGUAUUUAGAAACCAUGAUUUCUCACCAAUAAAUACCGUUCUGCUCAUCUAUUUCCAUAUUCUCCAUUGUGAAUAUAUGCUUGAUGAACUGCCAUGUAGACUUGUAAGUUGGUAAUAUACAGUGCUACAAGUGGGGCCUGCUGUUACGUGAUCCAACCAUUGAUAUGAUGGGCCGCCUCAACAUGGAUGGCCUAUGAAUAAAAAAUCCCCUAAGAUCUUA